AGAAGAAAUAUGUGACAGAGUGGAGCGCAGGACUACAUCUGCUGCUAAAGCUGCUCUUCUCAGCGCACCGGACAGCAGCUCUCUGACAACAGCCGGACUCACUUGUGCUAUCAUCUUUUUAAAAAGGAGGCUGGUGUUUGGACAGUCACUUCGCACAGACUUCUUCAAUGUUGUAGGUGCUGAAGAGCUCAGAAGACCAGGCCGAGGUGACGGCAGGAGGACGCCAUGUCCCACGGCCACUCAGACAGCUGCUUGGGCGACCAGGCCCCUCUAAUUCUCACAGAACUACAUAUAUCUGAGCCUGGUGAUGAAUGCUACCAGCCACAAAGCACACCUAGACCCCAAUCUGAAUCAUCCAUGCCUCAGGAAGAUGCAGUAGACCGGAUGGUGGUGCCUCAGAAGGUGGUUCUGAGCACCCUUAGUCCUGCAGCCCAGAAGGUUGGCAGCCACCAGCUCAUCCCUAAGAAUUUAGCUGCCGGCGGUCGGCCUAAAAACCGCCACCACACCACCGUGGUGACGUUCCCAGUAGGACUGGAGAUCUCCAGUAGUGCGGCCCGAAUCCGUCAUUCAACCCAGGGGCCAGAUGUGUCCUGGGAGGAUUAUGACAGUGAUGGAGAUGGCUUUGCCUUAAGGAGGAACCGCAGGAACAAGUCAUACAGAGCGGCUGUGACCAGCCUGGACAUUGAAGCCAUGGCGUCGGGACGAGCGUCUGGAGCCACACUGAAACCUGUCAGAGAGGACAGAGCUCCCAGUCCUGGUCCAGCUCGCAGCCCUGGACGCAAGCGAACCCUGGGAAGAAAGAGGAACCAGAACAAACGUGGGUCCUUCAAAGAUGCGACACCGCGCCUCUACCAGGAGAUCCGUGAGCGAGGGCUGCACCCCACCAACCAAGACGAGCUGCUGGACGACUUUGUGGUGGUAGAGGCUCCCGUGGAGGACCAGGGUAUCGUGGUGAAGAGCUACCGGCCGGUCCAGCUCACCUGGAGCCAGCUGCCGCAGGUGAAGGAUACAGGUAUCCUGACAUUGAUCUCACCCCAAGAGAGAAAGAGACAAGAGGCCAUUUUUGAGAUCAUCACAUCAGAGCAUUCGUAUCUACACAGCCUGGGGAUCCUGGUGCGUCACUUCAAGAGCAGCGAAGCUCUGAGGAAAACAUUGACGGCCACAGAGCACCAUCACCUCUUCUCCAACAUCUCUGUCAUACACCAAGUCAGCAAGCGGUUUUUUGAGGACCUAGAACGGCGUCACUAUGACAACCCAGUGAUCCGGGACAUUAGUGAUAUUGUUCAGAACCACGCUGCCCACCACUUCGAGCCCUACAUUGUCUACUGCUCCAACGAGACCUUCCAGCAGAGGACGCUGCAGAAGCUGCUGACCAGUAACACUGCGUUCAAAGAGGCCCUGAAGCAGAUUGAAGGGAGCAGUGAUUGUGGGGGCCUGCCCAUGAUCUCAUUCCUCAUCCUUCCCAUGCAGCGAGUCACCAGACUGCCUCUGCUGCUGGACACAAUCUGCCAGAAAACUCCAGACAAGACAGCGGAGUACUUUGCUGCUGUUUGGGCGCUGCACGCCAUCAGCAAGUUGGUCGCUAGCUGCAAUGACGGAGCCCAGCGAAUGGAGAGGACAGAGCAGAUGUACACCAUCCAGAAACAGAUGGAUUUCGGUAAAAUCAAACCGUUUCCUCUGGUGUCGUCGUCGCGGUGGCUGAAGAAGCGCGGUGAGCUCGCCUUCAGCACUGAAGAGCUCAGCAUCUGGAAGGCGUUCAGCAGCAGGAGCUACUACCUGUUUCUCUUCAAUGAUGUAUUGAUCGUCACCAAGAAGAAGAGUGAGGAGAGCUUCGUGGUGAUGGACUACGCCACUCUGGAGAACGUGGAGGUUGUGGAGGAGGUAGAAGGACGGGCGACUUCACCUUCCAAGAGCAGCUCCAGCUACUUUCUUUCCUUCAUGCUGCUGAUGAGCAGGAACAGUGAGGGGAGAGCGGAGCAGAUCACCUUUGUGGCUGAGUCCAGGGUGGACCGUGCACGAUGGAUAGUUGCUCUUAAAGAACACAAGCAGGAAGGUGUCUUCAUGUGUAAAGAUGGUCUGCCACAGUAUGAGGCCACCAAAGCCUACAUGCCAAAGGAGCCAGAUGAGUUGGGGCUGAAACAGGCUGAGCUCGUCAUCCUGCUGCAGAAGGAGGAAGCCUGGUGCUAUGGUGAGAGAAUGCGGGAUGGAGAGAGGGGCUGGUUUCCUGCUACCUGUGCCACAGAGAUCACAAACCCCACGGCCAUCGAGAGCAACAUGCAGCGCAUGAAGCGUCUGCGCAAAGAGACCAAUGUUUGAGUGACUCUCAGGAUGUACACAGGGUGGACAAAAUAGCAGAAACACUUUCCAGUUGAUUGGUGACACUCAUGUUUUGUUGUGUUGAUGCUGCAGUGUUUGUGUAUUAUACUGGACACAGUGGUCCAUUAACACACUGGAAGAGGUUUAAAAACAGCCUGUAUGCUGUACUAGUACCCCAGUGGACUAACAUGAGAACAAUGUGGCCAUGAUGUUCCUUGUUUGAAUCCAGCAGACCAAAACAAUUACUUUAAAACAUGAUCAGUUGAAUUAAUUAAAUUUCAACCAGAAAGGGUGUUCUCUGUCCACCUUUUUAUAUGUGCAUCCUAUAAAGAAU